AUGAGUCUACCCGAACAACCCACCUACGUGAUCGUCCCAUCACCAGGGCCCUCAAUUCAGAGCGACCGACUCCUUCUUCGGCCAAUUACCGAUGCCGAUGCCGCCGCACUGUUCGCCAUUCGUUCCCGGCCCGAAGUCGCAGAAAUGAACCACCCCAAAACACCAUUCAAAUCAAUUGAAGAAACCCGUGAAUGGAUGGCAACCAAGAUCUUCACAAGUGGUCCCUCCGAUAUCAUCGGCCGGUCAUUUAAUUAUGCCAUUGUGGACAAGUCAAUCCCGGAAAUAGAAAAACGAGUCGUUGGAUCCCUUAGCAUUAAUCAAGUAGACCCCUUCCCUGAAAUUGGAUAUGCAGUGCAUCCAUCUUCCUGGGGGAAAGGGUAUGCGACGGAGGCUUUGCAAUUGAUGUUGAAGAUGUGGUGGAAUCUGGGACGUCGAACAAUUGACGGUGAUGCACCGGUAGAGGUCGAGAAGGCGUUUGCUCUUUGUGAAAAGAAGAACCAUGGGAGUUGCCGUGUCCUAGAAAAGUGCGGGUUCAGGGUUGUGGGUGAUUUCGAAGAAGAGGGGAAUGACCUUUUUAUUUUUGCGUUAGAGCGACCAUGA